GAUCGUUGAAUGAAACAGUACUACUAGGCCUUGGAUGGAUAGCCUUGACCCUGAAACACUGUAUGUGUCUCAAGAACACACUGGUCUGCCCUCACAUGUCCUUGCUACCGUGGAAGGCCCCAACCUGGAACUGAGGGGUGGGAAGAAGAUGAAUGGGUCCCUGGACCACCCUGACCAACCAGAUAUUGAUGCCAUUAAAAUGUUUGUUGGACAGAUUCCCCGGUCUUGGUCGGAAGAGCAGCUUCGUGAACUGUUUGAACCUUAUGGAGCAGUCUACGAGAUUAAUGUUCUCCGAGACCGCAGCCAGAAUCCACCGCAGAGCAAAGGUUGCUGUUUUGUAACUUACUAUAGCCGCAAAUCAGCCUUAGAAGCGCAGAAUGCUCUGCACAACAUGAAGAUUCUGCCAGGGAUGCACCAUCCAAUCCAGAUGAAGCCCGCUGAUAGUGAGAAAAACAAUGCAGUGGAGGACAGAAAACUGUUUAUUGGAAUGAUCUCCAAGAAGUGUAACGAGAAUGAUAUCCGACUGAUGUUUUCGCCAUAUGGACAGAUAGAGGAGUGCCGGAUACUCAGAGGCCCUGAUGGACUUAGCCGUGGUUGUGCGUUUGUGACAUUCACAGCCAGACAAAUGGCCCAGUCUGCUAUCAAAUCCAUGCACCAGUCCCAGACCAUGGAGGGUUGUUCAUCGCCAAUUGUAGUGAAAUUCGCAGACACUCAGAAGGACAAGGAGCAGAAGCGCAUGGCUCAACAGCUGCAGCAGCAGAUGCAGCAACUUAGUGCUGCUUCCAUGUGGGGUAAUCUCACUGGACUCAACAGUUUAGGCCCACAGUACUUAGCACUCUACUUACAGUUGCUGCAGCAGUCUGCCUCCACAGGGAAUGCACUCAACAACCUGCACCCUGUUUCAGGUCUUAAUGCUAUGCAGAACCUCGCUGCUUUAGCAGCAGCAGCAACUGCUACACAGGCCACACCUACGGGUUCUAGCGCCAUGACGACAUCUACUAGCCCACUAAGUGCGUUAACAAGCUCAGCAGGCUCCUCCCCCACCUCCAGUAGCAACUCCUCGGCGAACCCCAUGGCUUCUUUAGGGGCCCUGCAGUCUCUGGCUGCUAGUGCUGGAGCUGGCCUCAACAUAGGUUCCUUGGCAGGCAUGGCAGCACUUAAUGGCAGUCUUGGCUCUGGAAGUCUUUCUAAUGGCUCAGGAAAUACAAUGGAGGCACUGAGCCAGGCCUACUCUGGCAUUCAACAGUACGCCGCCGCCACCCUCCCUAGCCUCUACAACCAGACCAUGCUAUCCCAGCAGAAUGUGUCAGCUGCAGGCAGCCAAAAGGAAGGUCCAGAAGGUGCGAAUUUGUUCAUUUACCACCUGCCCCAGGAGUUUGGAGAUCAGGAUCUGCUCCAGAUGUUUAUGCCCUUUGGAAAUGUAAUCUCUGCAAAAGUCUUCAUUGACAAACAGACUAACCUCAGCAAAUGUUUUGGCUUUGUGAGCUACGACAACCCAGUGUCAUCACAGGCAGCCAUCCAGGCAAUGAAUGGUUUCCAGAUUGGAAUGAAAAGGCUGAAGGUGCAGCUGAAGCGCUCAAAGAAUGACAGCAAGCCCUACUGAAGGAGCUGAGACACUACAGGCUUAGUUAGGCAGGGUGGUGUUAUGAUCUCUUCCUGUUUGCCCUAGCAUGUUGGUGUGGCGUCACAGCUCAUCGUCCAGUCCUUGUCUACUGCGCUUCACUGGUGCUUCCAAUUUCACAUUUGACGUUGUAGUUGACGUUGAUUGCCCAAAAGGUUUUGUUGUUUCCUAUGUCCUAUGUGCUGCCAAAAUAGGCACUAGAAAGGUUGCCUCUGAGCAUUUUUGAAUGUUAAAAUUUAUUACAAGCAAAAGAAAAUCUAUUUUUCUAGAAUAAGUAAAAUAACCACUCAAUUAAAAAACAAUUCAGUUUAAUAAGAGUCUCUAGUUUGUUUUUAUUGACUGUACGAUGGAGCAAUUUUUCCAGUGCCUCUCUUUUUUGGUUUUGUUAUGUUUUUUUUGUGGAAAAGCAGCUAAUCUCUUUAGAUUAUGUUGUAUGUGAGUGCUCGUGUGUGCCUUAUUAAAAAAAAGAAAAAGAAAAGAAAAAAGUCAAAGAAAUUGGUGAUGACAUGUUGUUGUACUUGUGCAAUUCCUUCUCCUCUGGAGUUCCCUUUUGAGUGAUAUGAGGAGGAAACAUUCAUAAUUGUAAAAAUGUUUUUUUUCUUUUGACUUAUUGUCUCAAAGCACAUGAUGCUGUUUUACUCUUGUUUCUGCAGAUAAUCGGAUAUAGAGGAGAAUAUUUUGUCAGGCCUGUUUUAGUUUUAUUAACUACACUGAAACUUUUGAAAAAAAUAUCAAGAAAAAUGAAUAUGUUUGUUAAG